CCAAUUGGUCGGCAGGCUCCUGGUGGUUUGUGGAUAUCAUGGCUGUGCUCCUCCGCCGAGUGGUCGCAGGCUGUCGCCGAGGAUGGCCUGUGUUGGCUCCGAGCAGUCGGGGGUGUUCCGGGGCCUCGGUGCCCAUAGAUGACACGGUGAACGGGCUCAGCGAUGAGCAGAGGCAGCUCCGGCACACCAUACACAGGUUCCUCCAGGACCAUCUGGCACCUAAAGCCCAGGAAAUUGAUCAACAAAAUGAAUUCAAAGACCUGCGGAAUUUUUGGAAGAAACUUGGAGAUCUGGGAGUUCUUGGAAUAACAGCUCCAACUGAAUAUGGAGGAGCUGGCAUGGGAUAUAUGGAACAUGUUUUGGUAAUGGAGGAAAUUUCACGUGUGUCUGGAGCUAUUGGUCUAAGUUAUGGUGCCCAUUCCAACCUCUGUGUGAACCAGCUGGUGAGAAAUGGAAGUGAAGCACAGAAAGAAAAAUAUCUUCCAAAGCUAAUCAGUGGGGAACAUAUAGGAGCACUUGCCAUGAGUGAGCCCAAUUCUGGUUCUGAUGUGGUGUCCAUGAAGUUGAAGGCAGAGAAGAAAGGUGACUAUUAUAUCCUCAACGGCAACAAAUUCUGGAUUACAAAUGGUCCUGAUGCUGAUGUGGUGAUCGUCUAUGCCAAGACAGACACCAAUAUUAAACCAGCCUCGCAUGGCAUCACUGCCUUCGUUGUGGAAAAGGACAGACCAGGAUUUAGCACAGCCCAGAAACUUGACAAGCUGGGGAUGAGAGGGUCAAACACAUGUGAGCUGGUGUUUGAGGACUGCAAGAUUCCAGAAAAGAACAUGCUUGGACACAUUGGAAAGGGAGUCUAUGUACUGAUGAGUGGGUUGGAUCUUGAGAGGGUCAUUCUCAGCGCAGGCCCAAUAGGCAUCAUGCAGGCUGUUCUGGAUCAUUCAAUUCCCUAUCUGCACACAAGAGAAGCCUUCGGUCAAAAAAUUGGAUAUUUCCAGCUGAUGCAGGGAAAGAUGGCUGACAUGUACACGCGCCUGACUGCUUGUCGUCAGUAUGUUUAUAAUGUGGCAAGAGCCUGCGACCAGGGACACUUCAAUCCUAAGGACUGUGCCGGAGCGAUCCUUUAUUCUGCGGAAUGUGCUACUCAGGUGGCUCUUGAUGGUAUCCAGUGUUUAGGAGGCAAUGGUUAUAUAAACGAUUAUCCAAUGGGACGCUUCUUUCGCGAUGCCAAACUGUAUGAGAUAGGAGCCGGCACUAGUGAGAUUCGGAGACUUGUUAUAGGCAGAGCCUUCAAUGCCAUGUACAAAUAAACAGAUAACUCCUAUGAAGCUCCUGAACUGUC